AUGCUCAUGGGCCUCCUGGUGGUGAUCUCUUUGCUGACCCUCCUCGGGGCGGGCUUCGCACAAGGCGCCUUGGUGGCCUAUUACCCCUUCGACAGCACGUGUGACUACAGCGGCCUGUCCGGCUACUGCCUCAACACCGUACCCGCUGGCAAGGCAGCGAGCGGCGCGGCCCUAUCUGCUGAGGGCAAAUUCGGGAGUGGCGUGGCGCUCACAAGCUCUUCCAGCAAUUUCUCGGUGGCCGCUUGGAUCAAGCUGGCCUCCACCACCAGCUACGUGCCUCGCGUGAUCGCACAGAGGCCCGGCACCCUGCGGUUCCAACUCAUCACUUCCACCUCCUCCGCCUUCUCGUCCUUCUACGCACUGUCCUGCAAGAUCGUGUUCUCUUCGCUGGAGACGACGACGGACUCGAGCUUCGAGUACCCCAGGACGUCGACGGACUGGACGCACGUCGCUUGCGUCUAUAACUCGUCGCACCUGUGCGUCGCCAUCAACGGCACCAUGCGCGCUUGCCGCCCAGCCUCGGCGCCGCAGAUCACGACCAGUAGCUUGCAGCUGUAUGCGGGGCUCACCACGGACAGCCUGCGAGGGUACAUGGACGAGCUCAAGUUCUACGACCACGGCCUUACGCCCGGUGAACUCGAACUGCUCAACAAGGGCACCGCCGCCAACGACGCACCCGCUGCCACCAUAACUGCGGAGGGGAUAGGGAAUGGCACCAGCUGGAACGUUCCGACGCUGUCCAACCUGGUGGUCAACGCCACGGGCGUCGACCAGCAGAUGGCCUACUCGGGCGAUCCGGGCACCGAGCUCUGGUACACGUGGACCGUCCUCAGCAGCGCCUGCGAGAUCGCCGAAAUCAGCAACACGUCGGUCCAGGCCCCGAAGCUCAUGCUCAACAACCUGGGCGCAUUCGAGCUUCGGCUGUGCGUGACGGACGGCGAGCUGUCGUCGGCCGCUGCGAGCGUGAGCGUGCUGGCGACGGCGAGCACGCCGGCGAUCCUGUCGCAGCCCGACGGACCCAACCUGAACGUGCCCCUAGGCGCGGUGGACUUUGAGGUGGUGGUGCUGGCCUCGGGCCUGCCGCGCCCGACCUACCAGUGGCAGUACCUCACGCUCGUGCCGGUCAACGCCACAGCCAACUCAACCACUCCCGACAGCAACGACACGCUGGUGAGGCGCAGCAGCGGCAGUGACGACGAAUACGACCAGUCGUUCUACGCCGACUGGGCGCCCCAGUACCGGGUGGUCAGGGCCAGCAACGGCACCUUCACAGAGGUGUGGAACAACAUCGCCGGGGCGACGGAGAGCACGUUCUACAUCAACGGGACGGACGAGUUCGCUGGCAUGGUGAUUCGCUGCCUGAUCACCAACAGCGCCAACUUCACCACGUCGACGGCCUACACGGUGGUCCUUGUGUCGGCUCUGCCGUCUCCCUCCGCACCCACCGUCCCAUUGCCAGGGCAUGGACGCUCACGCGGGGACGGAUCGAUCAGGGACGGCGGGUCGGACAGCGGACCCAUUGUGGGCGGAGUGGUCGGGGGAGUCGCCGGCUUCGUGUUGCUCCUGCUGCUCGUGCUCCUGGUGCUCGGAAUUUUGUUGGCACGCCGGAGCGGCCGGCGCAGAAGGCAAAAGAAGCUGCGCCAGCCCAACUUUAGUGUGCUGGCCUACGGAGAGGUCAAGGAUGCCGGCUCCAUUCCCAAGAGCAGGCAGCAGGCUUUGGAGGAGUUGGAGCAGCUGCUCAUUUCUGAAGACGGAAGGAUCGUGCACGCGAUGACCCACAAGAUGGUGGCCACCGACGCCGACAAGAUGUCGAAGGCGGUGAUGUGCGUGUUCGAGUCGAACCAGCUGGGCUAUCAGAUCCUAGAGCAGCGCAUCAGCAGGGAGGUCGAGGCUGCUCCCGACGCCGGCACCCUGUUCCGAUCCAACAGUCUGUCGGUGCGGAUGUUCAGCUUCUACGUCCGCAUGGUGGGCCUGCAGUAUCUGUGGUUCACCCUCGUCACCUCCGUCCAUUCCCUCAACGACAACGCCGUCGAGUCCUUCGGCGCCGAAUCAGAGGAGCUGGCAAGCAAGAAGUCGCGGUAUAAGCUGGACAAGUCCGAGCUGUCGGAACACAGCGGGUUCAGCCUGGACCUGCUGAGCACCACGUCGAUGGAGAUCGACCCGCACCGGAUCGACGACGCGUCGGACACCACCAUCAACAGCCUCGAGCUGUGGCUCGCCGCGCAGAAGCUCUUCAAGUGCAUCGUAGACAGCGAGAAGAUCAUUCCCACGCAGAUCAAGCAGCUCAUGCGACACAUCGACUCAGAGGUGGGCGCCAAGUACGACGCGCAGGCCCAGUUCCGGAGCAUGGGCGGCUUCCUUUUCCUUCGCAUGCUCUGCCCCGCCCUCAUGGCGCCCCAGGUCUACGGCCUCCUUGACUCUCCGCCGCACCCGGUGGCCCAGCGACAGUUGAUUCUGGUGGCGAAGGUGCUGCAGAACCUUGCCAACGACACCCUGCCGGGUACCAAGGAAGCGUACAUGGAGCAGCUCAACUCGUUCAUCGUGACCAACAAGGCCAGCCUGGAGCGGUUCUACGCGAAGGUGCUUGAGGGCGCGGACCGCGGCCGCGCGGCGGAGACUGAGGUGCCGCUCAAGACCAAGUUCAGCGCGCUCAACGCGCUGCAGCGCUACCUCUCGGCGCACAUCGAUGACGUGGAGCACGCCCUGCGACAUGACGACGGGCGAGAAGAGAUCAUCGACGAACUCAAGGCAGUGCUGGCCCAGCUCAACGAUGACAACGUCUGA